AUGGCGGGAGCUUCAGUGAAGGUGGCGGUGAGGGUCCGACCCUUCAACUCCAGAGAGAUGGCGAAGGACAGCAAAUGCAUCAUUCAGAUGUCAGGAAACACCACAACAAUCCUGAACCCAAAACAGCCGAAAGAAAACAAGAGUUUUAACUUUGACUUUUCUUACUGGUCACACACCACGCCUGAGGACAUCAACUAUGCGAACCAGAUGCAGGUGUACAAGGACAUUGGAGAGGAGAUGUUGCUUCAUGCUUUUGAAGGCUACAAUGUGUGCAUAUUUGCAUACGGACAGACAGGAGCAGGCAAAAGCUACACUAUGAUGGGACGACAGGAGCAAGACCAGCAGGGGAUCAUACCUCUGCUUUGUGAAGACCUUUUCACCAAAAUCAGUGGCAGCAAUAAUGAAAACAGCAUGUCGUACUCUGUGGAGGUGAGCUACAUGGAAAUCUACUGUGAGCGUGUGCGUGACCUGCUCAACCCCAAAAACAAAGGAAACCUGCGUGUCAGAGAGCACCCUCUGAUGGGACCCUACGUUGAAGAUUUGUCGAAACUAGCUGUCACAUCCUACAAUGACAUCCAGGAUCUGAUGGAUUCUGGUAACAAGGCCAGGACUGUGGCUGCUACCAACAUGAACGAGACCAGCAGCCGGUCCCACGCAGUCUUUAACAUCAUCUUCACACAGAAAAAACAUGAUUCGGACACAGACAACACAUUAGAAAAGGUCAGCAAGAUCAGCCUGGUGGACUUGGCUGGCAGUGAGCGGGCCGACUCAACUGGAGCAAAAGGAACCAGACUGAAGGAAGGAGCAAACAUCAACAAAUCUCUGACCACACUGGGCAAAGUUAUUUCUGGUUUAGCUGAACUGGCCUCAGCACCAAACAAGAACAAGAAAAAGAAGAAGGUGGAAAGUUUCAUUCCUUACAGAGAUUCAGUUCUGACUUGGCUACUGAGGGAGAACUUAGGAGGAAACUCUCGUACGGCCAUGGUGGCUGCUCUCAGCCCUGCUGACAUUAACUACGAUGAAACCCUCAGUACCCUCCGAUACGCUGAUCGUGCCAAACAGAUCCGCUGUAACGCCGUGAUCAAUGAGGACCCCAGCAACCGCCUGGUGCGUGAGCUUAAAGAGGAGGUGGCUCGCCUCAAAGACUUGCUGUACUCUCAGGGCCUGGGAGACAUCAUAGAGACGUAUCGCGGCACCGGCCCGGUCAUCGCUGGUUUGAAAUACCUGUGCGAUUACAAGAACUUUGUGAAUAAUCGCCAGGCUGUCAAUCAAGGGGGUGAUCUCUCCACAGUGACCAAUGCCAUGACGGGAAUGAGCCCCUCCCCCUCGCUCUCCGUCCUGUCCAGUCGCGCUGGGUCCAUCAACAACCUCCAUGAUCGCAUCUUCAGUCCGGCCAGUGAAGAGGCCAUCGAAAGGCUCAAGGAAACCGAGAAAAUCAUCGCAGAGCUCAAUGAGACCUGGGAAGAGAAGUUGCGACGUACUGAGGCAAUUCGCAUGGAGAGAGAGGCCCUGCUGGCUGAGAUGGGUGUUGCCAUGAGAGAAGACGGAGGCACUGUUGGCGUCUUCUCCCCGAAAAAGACCCCUCAUCUGGUGAACCUUAAUGAGGACCCGUUGAUGUCAGAGUGUCUGCUGUAUUAUAUCAAAGAUGGCAUCACCAAGGUUGGCCGUGAAAAUGCCAAGACUCGCCAGGAUAUUGUUCUCAGUGGCCAUUUUAUCAAAGAUGAACACUGCACUUUCAGCAGCAGUACGGGACCUCAGGGAGAAGGCUGUGUCAUCUUGGAGCCAUGUGAGGGCUCAGAGACAUAUGUCAACGGAAAGAAGGUGACAUCGCCCAUCAUCUUGCGGUCUGGGAACCGCAUCAUUAUGGGCAAGAGUCACGUGUUUCGCUUCAAUGACCCGGAGCAGGCUCGGCUGGAGCGAGAGAGGACGCCAUGCGCCGAGACUCCGGUGGAGCCUGUUGACUGGGCCUUUGCUCAGAGAGAGCUGCUGGAGAAACAAGGCAUCGACAUGAAACAGGAGAUGGAGCAGAGGCUUCAAGAGCUUGAGGAUCAGUACCGCAAAGAAAGAGAAGAAGCCAGUAACCUGCUAGAACAGCAGAGGCUGGACUAUGAGAGUAAACUGGAGGCUCUUCAGAAACAGGUGGACUCUAGGUACCUGGAGUCACCUGAGGAGGAGGAGGAGCCUGAAGAGGAAGUGCCUUGGACCAAGCAAGAGACCGAGCUGGCUCUGUGGGCUUUCAGAAAGUGGCGUUUCUACCAGUUCACGUCUCUCAGGGAUCUGCUUUGGGGCAACGCCAUCUUUCUCAAGGAGGCUAAUGCUAUCAGUGUGGAGCUGAAGAAGAAGGUCCAGUUCCAGUUUGUCCUGUUGACAGACACUCUGUACUCUCCUCUGCCUCCUGAUCUGCUGCCUCCCAGCGUGUCCAAAGAGAGGGAGAGACGACCUUUCCCUCGGACCAUUGUAGCAGUUGAAGUGCAGGAUCAGAAAAACGGAGCCACACAUUACUGGACUCUGGAGAAACUCAGGCAGAGGCUGGACCUGAUGAGAGAAAUGUACGACCGCGCUGCCGAGCUCCCCAGCAGUGCUGUAGAGGACUGUGACCACGCCCUGACCGGAGGCGACCCCUUCUACGACCGCUUCCCCUGGUUCCGUCUGGUUGGCAGGGCUUUUGUGUACCUGAGUAACCUGUUGUAUCCGGUGCCCCUGGUACAUCGUGUGGCCAUCGUCAGCGAAAAAGGAGAGGUGAAGGGCUUCCUCAGAGUGGCUGUGCAGGCCAUCUCAGCUGACGAGGAGGCCCCUGAUUACGGCUCUGGUGUGAGGCAGUCAGGCACUGCCAAGAUCUCAUUUGAAGACAAACAGUUUGAAAAGUUCCAGACAGAGACCUCUCCUGGUGUUCUCCCCCACUCCAACACCUCCCAGGAGGAGCUGCGAAUUGUCGAGGGAGAAGGACAGAACGUGGAGAUAGGAAUCUCUGCAGACGAAGUCAACAACAACACCUGUGAAGCCACCCAGGAUCCUCCCCAGAGCCCAGUGAAGAGUUUAGGUCUGGGUCUAGAUCUUCCUCUGGACCUCUCUCCAGAGAAGGCUCUGUCCCACCUGAAGAUUGGCAGCACCUUCACUUUCAGAGUCACCGUCUUGCAGGCAUCCAGCAUCUCAGCCGAGUACGCCGACAUCUUCUGCCAGUUCAACUUCAUCCACCGCCAUGAUGAAGCUUUCUCCACUGAACCUCUGAAGAACACCGGCAGAGGACCACCGCUGGGCUUCUACCACGUACAAAAUAUCACAGUGGAGGUGACCAAGUCCUUUGUGGAGUACAUCAAGACUCAGCCCAUCGUCUUCGAGGUGUUUGGCCACUAUCAGAAACAGCCUUUCCCUCCGCUCUGCAAAGACCUGAUCAGUCCACUGAGACCUUCCAGGAGGCAGUUCCCCAGAGUGAUGCCCUUAUCCAAACCAGUGCCAGCCACCAAGCUCAGCACGCUGAGUCGUUCCACUGCAGGACCUUGUCACGCCAAAUACGACCUCAUGGUCUUCUUUGAGAUCUGUGAGCUGGAAGCGAACGGAGACUACAUCCCUGCUGUUGUUGACCACAGAGGCGGGAUGCCCUGCCACGGCACAUACCUGUUACAUCAGGGCAUCCAGAGGAGGAUCACAGUUACCAUCGCUCAUGAAACAGGAAAUUAUAUUGAAUGGAAAGAGGUGAAAGAGCUGGUUAUCGGUCGUAUUCGAAACACACCGGAGGCUGAUGAAACCAUCAUAGACCCCAACAUCCUUUCCCUCAACAUCCUGUCCUCUGGAUAUUUCUGGCCAAAACAUGAUGACAACGUCUCCUUGGGAGUUGAUCAUAGAACUUUCUACCGAUUUGAGGCAGCGUGGGACAGCUCCAUGCACAACUCUCUGCUUCUGAACAGAGUAACUCCUUAUGGAGAGAAGAUCUACAUCACCCUCUCUGCUUAUCUAGAGAUGGAGAACUGUACUCAGCCGACAGUGAUCACCAAAGACUUCUGCAUGGUGUUUUACUCCCGCGACACGAAGUUGCCGGCCUCCCGCUCCAUAAGAAACCUCUUCAGCACUGGUUGCCUAAGGCCCUCUGAGAGUAACCGUGUAACCGGGGUCUAUGAAGUGACUCUCUGCCAUGUGGCGGACAAUGGAAGUCCAGGCAUGCAGCGUCGUCGCAGACGUGUGCUGGACACCUCGGUAGCUUACGUCCGAGGAGAGGAGAACCUGGCUGGAUGGAGGCCUCGCAGUGACAGCCUCAUCCUCGAUCACCAGUGGGAGCUGGAAAAACUCAGUUUACUGCAGGAGGUGGAGAAGACCAGGCACUACCUGCUGCUGAGGGAGAAGCUGGAGGCGACCCUGCAGGCAGGACAGGAAGCGCUCUACAAGAGCAGCGACAUCAGCAACUUUGCAAAGAGUCCCAUCCUCAGCCACAGUCCCGGCAGCAGCCCGGCCUUUGACAGCCCCAACCAGAGGCAAAGGGAGCUGGCUGCCAAGUGUCUGCGUCUGCUGAUGCACACCUUCAACAGGGAGUACAGCCAGGUGAGCAGCAGUGCCAGUGAGAGCAAGCUUUCUGAGAUGUCUGCAUCGCUAAUGAGAGAGUCAUCGUCUUCUGGACUGAGCACGCUCACUCCAUCCUCUACCUGCCCCUCACUGGUCGAGGGAAACUAUGACAUCAGACACACUGAUCCCAGUUCAGGAGCGUCCACCCCAGAUCUGGACCCAUACAGCCCGGUGGACAGAAAGAAAGCUUUCAGAGGAUGCACCUUUGUUCCUGACAUACAGGAGAUCCGCGUCAGCCCCAUUGUGUCAAAGAAGGGCUACCUGCACUUUCUGGAGCCUCACACCAGUGGCUGGGUAAAGCGCUAUGUGGUGGUGCGCAGGCCCUAUGUCUACCUGUACCGCAAUGAGAGGGACAGCGUGGAGCGAGCUGUCAUCAAUCUGUCCUCUGCAAAGGUGGAAUACAGCGAAGACAAACAGACCUUACUACGGACUCCCAACACGUUUGCUGUGUGCACUGAGCAUCGUGGGAUACUGCUUCAGGCCACCAAUGAUAAAGAGAUGCACGACUGGCUGUACGCAUUUAAUCCUCUGUUAGCCGGCACCAUUAGAUCAAAGCUUUCCCGGAGAAAGUCGGUCCAGUCCAUGCCGCCGAUCCCAACUGCUCAGAGGAUGUGAGAAGGGAACCAGCCCGGUUAAAAACAACAAACCAACACAAAAUUACAAUCUAAAAGCUCCACUCAUUAUCCUGCUCUAUUGAACAUAGACCAUAUAAACAAACUUAUACAUAAACCAUUUAAAUAACUUCCUAUACAACGACCACCCCAGUCUGAAACAUCAGUCGAUCGUUCAUACUGAAACCCAACAAAGCUGUCCUUCUCUCUUUUUGCAGUUCCUCCCAGUAGCCCCCUCGAACCCUGCAUGGUGUGCUCCCUCCUGACCUUUAGAUGAAAACAUGAGACAAACUAACGACCCAAACCAGCCGAUUAACUUACCUCUGCUGGGCAUUGGGACUAGUUCAGAUUAGUUUUAGGUUUUCAUAUACAUGUAGAGCUGUAACCUGUGAGGCUACCAGUUCCUGUGUAAAAAGAUAGAUGUAAACAACUGUUUACUUUGUGAUCAGCCCCUAAUUUAUUCAUCUUCACUGAAAACCAACCAUUCAUGUAUUUCUAGUUAUCACCAUCAGGUGUGUGUGUGUCUGUGGGGGGGAUUAAAACAUCUCGUUUGUAGCCAUCAAACCUGAUGUUUCUCUGUGCAAAAGUGUGGUAAGUGCAGGGAUGAUAGCGUCACAUACAUCCAUAUACUGUACAUUACCUGAGUUUGGAAUGGCUUGGUGCUCUACAGCAUAUAGAGUAUUUGUUUCCCUGCAGACAUUUCAGAUAGCAAACAGGUAGAUUGCUGUUGCUUAUCACUUAAAACACUGAAGUAGCAUGAGGGAUUUGUUAGGACGAAAGGAUAAGUUGUCGUUUCUGUGUCAGUUUAUUUAAAAGUUGUUUAACUGGAUCUUUGAAUACUGAGUCUGUUGGCUAGACUGAAGCAAAAGAAUAUCAGGAGAGAUUAUGUCCUUGCCUUGUUUUCGGCAUGUGCUUUUUUUUUUUUAAUAAUCCCUUGUGCAUAUUACUAUAAAUAACAAUAUUAUUUAUUGUUGCUCUUGUAUGUUCUCUGCACUGUUAUUUAUUUGUGACGGGACCACUGACCAGUUUUGUUGCAUUGCACUUUAUUGUCUUUUUUGAGUUAAUGUCUUGUAUCAUUUACUCAGUUGUUUUGACCAAAGCGAUGUUUUGUAGUUUUAAAUGUUGCAAACAAUUUCCACUGUGCAGUUAUAUUAGCUGACAUUUCCUGAGAAGAAUAUGAUUUUAAAGGAAUAGGUCGACAUUUUAGGAAAUGCUCUGAUUUGGGUUCUUGCCAGAAGACAAGAUUGAUACUAAAGCCGAAGCUAGCAGUUGGUUAGCAUAGCUUAGCAUAAAGUCUGGAAACAAUAAAAUCCAACUACCAACACCUGUAAAGCUCACUAAUUAACACGUUGAUAAAAAAACCCCAAAAUGUAAAAAAAAGAAGUUACGAUUUUAUGGGGAGUUAUGUGCUGAAGUAUUUCUUAGCCAGGCGCAGUGACUUACAGGAUAAACAAAGAUACAAAGACAUGUAACUUGUACUGACAGUGAUUUCUUUUAACCUUUAGACAGAGCCAGGGUAGCUAUUUUCUCCUGUUUUCAGUCUUUAUGCUAAGCUUGCCAAGUUUCAAUUGAUCUUCUCAUCUAACUCUCAGCAAGAAAGCAAAUAACAACUAUUCCUUUAAACUAAUCAAUGCGCCUAAAUUGACCUAAGAUAACUUAUAUGGUAAAUACACCAGGACAACUGUACUGUAUGUGGUUGCUAUAUUUUUUUUAAUCAAAUGAGCACUUAUUCUGUUUGUUAUGGGCCAGUAGAGUUGCUACAUUAAAUACGUUUAAGACUAUUUAAGUCUUUUGUAGCUGAAUGGAAAGUUUUAAUUAACCAUGGACCUGUAAUCUGUUGAGGGCAGUUGCUUUGAGUGGGAAAGUGUGUUGUCCAUGCACCAGCUAGUGCCUCCCUUUCUUCACCUCUUUUCCUUCCUUUGUCUCAUUUCUCAUUGUCUGUGACAUCAACACAGAAAUUAGUUACAUGUCUCCAAGAUGAAGCUUUUAUGUAGAGUAAUAGUAAAUGCUAUGGAUCUUUUUUAUAUCGAUUAUCAAUGUCAAUGUUUUGGAGAGUGAAUAUUAUCAAUGAUGCUCUAUAGUAUGUUGGUAUAGUCUGUAACAGUACAGUACAGCACUACUGUACCAUUUACUGUAAAUGUUGCAUUUAAAAGCCAAUUCUCCUCUUAGCUUUUGUACUGUAGCUGCUAGAAAUUUGACAGUCUGAUACUUCUGUCAGAACCCAGUACAGUGAGAUCAGCUUGGUGUUGUUAUGACCUUCAUAUCCAGGGAUGGUUUAUAGUUGCUUUUGUCUGCCUGCACUGUGCCAAGAUGACCCCACAUUUCAGUUUUAAAAUUAGUGUUUAACCAAAAAAAAAAAACAACCCAAAAAACAAAUCUUCACCUUAUCAGUGAUAGAAUGUUAUGUUUGUAUUGUAUUAUUUUCUACAUCUGUCCACGCUGGCAAAGUACACCUUUUUCAAUUUUUUUUUAGUUUUUACAUAUUAUACCAUAGACAUGGU